AUGCAGGUUGAAGUCGAUCCCAAGGAGGAUACCGAGUGGAACGAUAUCCUCCGCCAACAUGGCAUUAUUCCCGAAAAGCCCAAAGACCCUGAACCUCUGAUCCAAGAGGCUCUCAUCGCCGCACAACACAGGGCGCACGAGAACCGACUUGAGGACAAGGACCUCGAUGAGCUGGACGCACUAGAGGAGGAGGAAGAUGAAGAGUUCCUCGAGAUCUAUCGGCAAAAACGACUCGCCGAGCUCUCCACCCUCCAACAAACCAGCCUGUUUAACCAGGUCUUCCCACUUCAGAAAGUCGAUUAUGCCCGUGAGGUGACAGAGGCAUCGAACAGUGCUUUUGUACUCGUCAAUCUCACAUCGAUGGGUGGGAACGUUGAAUCGCGCGUGUUGACAGAGCUCUGGCGACAGGUUGCUGCCAAAUUCGGCGAUAUCAAGUUCUGUGAGAUCCGUGCCGACAUGUGUAUUGAGGGGUAUCCUGAGAAGAACACGCCCACAAUCUUGGCUUACAAGGAUACCGAGAUCAAGAAGCAGCUUAUUACGCUCCAACAGUUGAAUGGCCCCCGGACCAAGCUUGAAGAUAUUGAGGGUCUGCUGGUGGAGAUUGGCGCUUUGAAGGAGAGUGAUGUUCGUCUGAAGAAGCAUGAUGACGAGGACGACUACAAGAAAGACGAUGACCUGAACAUUGAAGAUUAUGAUGAUGACUGGGAUUGA